AUGGUUGAGAGUGGGUGUAGCUUACUAAUUCGUAAUUUAAAUUACGAUACUAGUCCAGAUAAAGUAAGAAAAAUAUUUGAAAAUGUUGGAAGAGUUAAAGACGUCUAUUUACCUUUAGAUCACUACACAAGGAAGCCCCGUGGUUUUGGAUUUGUAGAAUAUUUUGAAUCUAAAUAUGCAAAAGAAGCUAUAAAUAUUUUAAAUCACUCAAGAAUUGAUGGUAAUGAAAUUAGAAUAAUUAUUGCUCAGAAUAGAAGGAAAUCACCUGAUACUAUGAAAUUUUAUCAUAAUGAAUAUCUUUAUAAUUAUAGACAUAAAGAUAAUAGGAAAUAUAAUAAUAGUAGAAACUACAAAAGGAAAUACAAUAAAUAUUAUAGAACCCAUGAAACAGAUAGAAGUAGAUAUAAAAGAAGAAGUACCAGUUCAUCUUUAGAGAAAUAUAAAAAAAGAAAAAAAAAUUAUACUAAAUAUUCAACAAGUACAGAUAGCCAUAGUCUCACAUCUUUGUCUUCUUAUUCUUCUACUACAUCAUCUAUAUAUAAAGGAAGUGAUGAUAAUGAAUAUUAUAAUACAAGAAGAAAAAGAAGAAGAAGCAGAAGAAGAAAAACACCAAAAAAUGAAAAAACACCAAAAAAAGAAAAAAGACAAAAUAAAGAAAAAAGACAAAAUAAAGAAAGAAGACUAAACAGAGAAAGGUCUAUUAGUGAUACCAGCAGUUACAAUAGUCUUAGAGAAGAAAAAAAAGAACAAGAUGAAAACAAACAAGUGGUUUAUAAUAAACAUAGAGAUCAGAAUAAUCACCAAGAUGAUAUUAUUGAUACAGAGAAUAUUUCCAACAAAGACGUGAAAAAUAAAAAAGAUGAUGAUCAUAAAAAAAAAAAAAAAAGACAAAAAAGUUAUAAUUCUUCUGAUAUUCAUUCAGAUAAUAGCAGUUCACAGAUAGGUUCUAAAAAAUAUAUUGAUAGUAAAUUAGAUAGCACAGAAAAUAAAACUAAAAGAAACAAAAUUUAUAAAAAUAAAAAUAAUACUAAUAGUA